CGAAAUUUCAAAUGAAAACACCAGUUACAUUGUUGACCGACCCCUUCAUAAAUAAUCUAUGCGACGAUCUAGCCACCCCCGUUAACCGCCCUCCGACGAACAAGUCAUUCUGCCAACUCACCACGAACAGACAUUCAUAUAUUAACUGUUGAUUUUCUUCAUUAAACAAUCGUACAUUCAACCAGAGUUUUCAUUUUCGAUUGACAUUCGCCCAAACUUUAUUGGAUAGUUUUUCCGAUUGAUUUUGACUUCGAAAAUAUCUUUUCAGGUACGACAACAAUUACUCUCCGUUUUAAUUCUGUGUAGUAUUACCUUUUCUCUUUGCGAGAUUCAUCGGAUUCGCUCUACCUUUUCCCCAAUCGAGUUGAAGAACACUGUUAUGCCUUGGAAUCUACCCUUUUUGAGAAAUAUGUUUCAGAGGCAGGAAGGAAGAGUAAGGGAAGUUGACCUUGGUGCCUUCUACAUUAAGUCUCAUGGAACUAAAUUGGCAAGAAGUCACAUGCAUGAUUGGCUUAUACUCGUUCUACUCGCUGUCAUAGAAAUUGUCCUAAAUAUCAUACACCCGUUUUAUCGUUUUGUUGGCAAAGAUAUGAUGACAGAUCUUAAAUAUCCAAUGAAAGAAAACACCGUUCCCGUUUGGGCCGUUCCCAUUUACUCGGUAUUGCUGCCUAUCCUUGUUUUUACCUUCUUUUAUUUUAGAAGAAGAGAUGUACAUGAUCUUCAUCAUGCAAUUCUAGGACUUUUAUUCGCGGUGCUUAUAACGGGAGUUAUCACAGAUGCUAUUAAAGAUGCUGUUGGAAGGCCACGUCCUGAUUUCUUUUGGCGAUGCUUUCCAGAUGGAGUCGAUAACUAUGAUACAUGGGGUGAUGUUAUAUGUCAUGGUAAAGACAAGGAUAUAAAAGAAGGCCAUAAGAGUUUCCCUAGUGGCCAUGCUUCAUGGUCGUUUGCGGGGUUGGGGUUUUUAGCAUUGUACAUGACCGCAAAAAUUAAAGUAUUUGACCGUAGUGGUCACGUGGCAAAACUAUGCAUUCUUUUUCUUCCUCUUUUAAUGGCAUCUCUUGUAGCAGUUUCUCGGGUGGAUGACUAUUGGCACCAUUGGCAAGAUGUGUUUGCUGGUGGUAUUUUAGGUCUAUUCGUUGCCACAAUGUGCUAUCUACAGUUUUUUCCUGCUCCAUAUCACUCCGAAGGGUGGGGCCCAUAUGCUUAUUUCCGAGCUUUGGAAGAGACGAAUUCGGGUACAAGGGGAGAUGCUCCUGUGGAUGGGGUUGGGGUUGGUAUGCAAAAUGUGGAGAUUGCAAAUUUGAACCAACAUUCGAGGCGAAAUAGUAGCAAUGGGUUCAGACAGGUGUCGCUGUCUGAUUCGGUGCAAGUUGAUGUAGAAUAUGGAAGAGUGUGACCUUUGAUUACUUGUAAUAUUGUUUUAUGAAGUUGCCGAUUCCUGUAUAGAUUUUAUUUGGUGUUUGUAGUUGAGGGAAAACUAAAAGGCAUUGUUGUUUGUAGAGACGUUAACCUAUUAUUAUCAUUUUAUUUGUUCUAA